AUAAGUAAUGGCUGCCUCCGUGGUAGGAGAGUGUCAACAUUUUAGAUCAUAUGUAGUAUAAAAAAUAAUCAACAUGGUUUAAAUAUCACCGAUUAUUGUGACAAAAACCGAUUUAUUUCCUAUGGAAAAUAUUCCAAUUGUCCAUCCGAGCGUUUAUAACUAAAUGAAGUUAGUUUUACAAUAAACCAAGUAUGAAAAAUUACGAUACUCAAGCUCUGAUCAAAGGAAAACAAAUCGGUUUAUCUAAUGAAGACACGAGGGGAAAUUCAGUAGUUGAUAGAUUGAAAUCCGUAACUCAGUACGAUUUUGAUUCGAAUACUUUAAGAAGCCAAAGCUUACCAGACUGCAGCAACAAUGAAAGUGAGUUAAAAACAUCCUUAGAAACGAACGAGUGGAAUAAAUCUCUAGAUAAAGACUCGCAAUGUCAAAAAACAGAAUCGUGGUUUAAAACUUUCAGAACUUGGCCGGAAAGAUAUGAAAAGUUAAAAGACGUCGAAUCGAGUCCAUCUCAAUCAUCCCCAAUGAAAUCUUCGAAUACUCAAGAAAGCUCUCAAUGUAAUUAUAGUGAUAACUCUUAUGUGAAAAACAAACUCUCUUUUAACGAAGCUUUACAAAACAUAUCAUUAGCUUAUAGUCCCAUAACUAAACAACUACAUUUAGUUGACAAUCCUAAGACUUAUGAGACUGAAACUGAAAAAGACUCUAGCAAUAACGAUGAAAGUAAUUUAAAAAAAUUAGGACAUAGGAGAAACGAGGGUGGAUCUUUUUCCAGUACUAUUUCCAGCUGGAGUGCUAUUAGUGACCCUUCGACUUCUGGAAGCUUGAUUGGUUCUGAAGACAGAUCAGUUUCUAGUUUGGAAAUAAGUAACAUGAAAUUGAGAAGAAAAAGUUUAACGAAUUUUCUCUCAAAGCACGUUUUUACUUGGAAAGUGUCUACCGAACCUACGAGUAGUGUUUGGAAGAUUUUCAGUAAACAACCGAAUGCUAAUGAUAACAUUUCACCUGUACAUGUAGUUGCGAGUUCCUCGGCUCUAAUACAACACGAAAGGCCUUCUAAUUUGCCGGCUAAAUCGCAGGAAGAAGACCAGAGACACAAAGAUGAAUACAAAGCGAUAUUAGUUGCUGUGAAGAAAAAAGAAGCCCAAACGACAGCUGCUAAACAUAAACAGCAGAAACAGCAAUUGAAAAUUGAGGAACGACAAGCCGCUUCAACAAGACAUUUUAUUCAAAAUGUAUUGCCCAAUUGGAACACAAUGUGUUCCCAUAGGAAAACUUUAGACCUUUGGUGGCAGGGUCUCCCUUCAAGCGUCAGAGGCAAAGUAUGGCGGUUAGCUAUAGGCAAUGAAUUGAAUCUCACUCGCCAACUUUACGAUAUUUGUGUAAACCGAGCUCAAAAUCGCCUUAAUAACGUAGAAAUAACCAACAGCAAAUCAGAUUUAGAUCAAGAAAGUAGCAUGGACGUCAUCCAACUAGAUAUAUCGAGAACUUUUCCCCAACUAGGAAUUUUUCAAGAAGGAGGACCUUAUUCGGAAGCCUUACAUUCCCUUCUAGCAGCUUACGUUUGUUAUAGGCCCGACGUCGGUUACGUUCAAGGUAUGUCUUACAUAGCGGCCAUUUUGAUAUUAAACAUGGAACCCUGCGACGCUUUUAUAUGCUUUUCGAAUUUAUUGAAUCAACCCCUACAUUUAUCGGCGUUCACUCUAAACCAAGACCGGAUGCAGAAUUAUUACAAAGCUUACGAUGAAGUUUUCAAUCACAACCUACCAAAGCUCCAUUCCCAUUUUUCUAAAUCCGGUUUGACGCCCGAUUUGUACCUACUUGACUGGAUAUAUACCAUAUUCGCCAAAGCCAUGCCCCUGGAUAUCGCCUGUAGAGUCUGGGACGUGUUUUUAAGAGACGGAUUCGAAUUUAUAUUCAGAACCGGUUUAGGUAUAUUGAAUUUGUAUCAAGAUACUCUUAUUGAAAUGGAUUUUUUACAAGGGGCACAAUUCCUUACUCAUUUACCCGAAGAUAUUUCGGCGGAUUCUCUGUUUAGAUGUAUACAAGGUGUUAAUACCACUGUCGGUAAACAAACUUUUAGUCAAAUUAUCGAAAAGUGUAAAUUUAGUUAGUAUUUGAAGGGUGUUUUUCAUCGGGACUCAAAUAAGUUUAUAAAUUAUUUGAAAUUAACGUUCAACUAAAGUUAAUUGAAGAUUUAAUUUAUUUUAUUUCGCUUAUAUCUUGAAAUUAAUAUUAUUCUGGAUUUCCAAGUCUUGGAUGUAAUUUUUGGGGUUAAAAUUUGUCUCAAUUUUUUUAUUUUCUUCAAAGCUACUAGUAAAAAUCCACCGAAAUAAUGUUUAGAACUUUUCUAUGGUUAAUUGGGGUGUUUUUUCCAAUAUAAUUAUCAAUUUUAAACAAUAUCUGGGAAAUAAUCGAAAAAAAUUAUGUGCCAACUAAAAGUUAUUGAAUUUCCAUGAUUUUCUUCCAAGCAUACAGUAAAUAUCCAUAGAAAUGAUGUUUAGAACCCUACUAUAGUUAAUUGGGGUGUUUUCUCCAGUAUAAUUAUCAAUUUUAAACAAAUUUGAGGGUAGUACUUUCAGAUUUGAUUAAUAUUGAUGUUCCAGCUCUUUCAUUAACUCUAAAAAUACUACAUAUCAAUAAUUAUGAGUUUGUUAUUUAAUAAAAAGAAUCCGAUACAAAAAUUUUAAUUUUUUGUAACUUUUGGUAGAAUUUUGACAAUAAAAUCAAACAAAUUUUAAGAAAUAAUUUAAAAAAGUUUGCCACAACUAAAAGUGGUCGAAUUUCCAUGAUUUUCUUCCAAGCAUUUACUAAAUAUCCACCGAAAUAAUGAUUUGAACUUUUCUAUAGUUGAUUGGGGUGUUUUUUCAGUGUAAUUAUCAAUUUUAAACAAAUUUGAGGGUAGUACUUUCACAUUUGAUGAAUAUUCAUGUCCCAACUCUUUCAUUGACUCUAAAAAUACUAUACAUCAAUAAUUAUAAGUUUGGUAUUUAGUAAAAAGAAUCCGAUACAAGAUUUUUGUUUUCUUUGCUACUUUUGGUAGAAUUUUGACAAUAGAAUAAAAAAAAUAGGAAAUAAUAAAAAAAAUUAGGUCUAACUAAAUAUGUUUGAAAUUUCAUGAUUAGUAUAUAUUUCCCCGGAUUUCCAGGUAUUUUAAGUAUUUUUUGAGGUUAGAAUUUGUCUCAAUGUCCAUUUUCUUCAUUUGGUUUAAAUAAUGUUUGUAUAAAACCUGUAAUAGUUCUAAUAACAAAUUACUCAUUGGUUUAGAGCUUUUUUCCUUAUAUUUCCUAUUAAAUUUGUUAUUUUGUUGUUUUCCAUUUACUUUAAAAAUAUUAUACAUGAUAUUAGUGCCUUAAUUUGAUUUGUACUAUCAUUUUCAAUACAAAUUGUAGGUAUUUUGAAUUUUAUAUUUUAUAAUUCUACAAUUAAUUUUAAAAAAUACAGUACAUCAAUAGAAAUUUGAGUAUGGUGAAUAUUUUUUAUGGCGGGCCAAAUUUGGUUUAAUGUAUUUUCCACUUAUCGAGCUAGAUUUUUUAAACGGUUUUAAUAAUCACUGUUGUAUCAUCAUGCAUGCGUUACUUCAAGUGCCCUAGGGGUACAUUGUAUAUCGGCUAUGAAUGGUAAAUACAAGAACUAAGAACAUUACCCUGGAGUAUAUCUGAAUGUAUUUCAUGCUACUCUGAUAAUUCUUCUUCAAAUUCAACUCUUCUCAAGGCUCUUCUUGAUUCUAUUCACAAUUCUGUGACACUGCUGAGUGAACGGGAACUUUAAUUUGUUUUAUAUCAUUUAGUAUAUAUAUACAUUGGUCAUAGUCUUUCAUUGACUUUAAAGAUACUAUACAUUGAUAUUUGGUUAAUCGGACAUUGGUUUUAACCUAUUUCAUCAUUUUUAGUACCUACUUUCUAUGUUGGUACAAUCAAUUCGAUAUUUUUAGGUCUUCAUUGACUUUAAAGAUACUAUACAUUCAUAUUUGAUAUACCAGACAAUGGUUUAGAUACAGGUACAAUAAUUUCCAUAUUUGGUGCUUAUUUCUCAUAAAUGUAUUACAGAAAUACUUGCAUAUUAAUCAUCUAUUCCACAAACUAGUAUUUUAGUCAGUAAUAAAAAAAAAUUUAGCGAUCUGCUAAUAAACAUGACAAGUUGUCUAGAAAGUGAGAGAAUAUGUUCAAGUCGUUUUUCGAAAUGUUUUAUUUACAUUUUUAUGAAAAAACAAUCGAUUUUUAAUAUACUACACAUUUUAUUCAAUAAAAUGAAAAUUGGGCACCAGUUUUAACUUAUUUUAUGUUGGUACGUUGAAUUUUGUACUUCUCCAAUAACUUUAAAAAUAUUAUACAAGAUAUUUGGUAAAUUGUUCUCUGUUUUUGAUCUGUUAUAUCAGUUUACGUUUAUAUUUUCCAUGCUAAAAUUUGAUAUUUCGCUAAUCUUCAAUUGACUUUAGAAAUACUAUACAAACUUAGUAAAAAGAAUCCGAACUGAACAUUUUUGAGAUAUUCAGAUGCUAUUUACCCCAGUUCAAUUGAAUUUCCUUCAAAAACUAUCAGUUUGUUAAGAUUUCAGGUUGCAAAUAACAAGAACUGAAUUAGUUGUAAAAAAUGUAUAAAUCAAUGAUUUUAACCGCCCAAAAAGUCCAAUUUAAAAAAAAUUCUAUUAUAUACUGAUUAAUGAUUUUUUUGUAUAGAAAAUCAAAACUAUCAUCUGCUAUUUUCCAUUCAAGUAGUUUACAAGCUGUUUUCAGCUAAAUUUCAUACGGUAACAAAUCUAAUACUUUGACUGACAUUAAUCGAUUUUAAAACAAAAAAAAUGAAGAAAAAAAAACUUUGGAACAUCCCCUGAUUUAUUUGCCUAAACCGUUGAUAGAAUCUAUCUAUUUUACAGUGCCAAAUACUUUUGAUAUGAAAUAAAUAAAUUUUAAUAUCCGUAUGUCAGUCAACGUGUUUAUAAUCAUCUAAAACAAUAAAUACAGUACCUUAUAGAGAAAUAGAGACAUCUUUUGAAUAAUACUCUAAUUUUCAUCCUCUUAAUCAAUGAUAUUUUCGCGAAAAUAUACAUUUAACCAUGUAUUGUAUUUAUUCAUUCAAUGUUAUCGAUAUUUGAUAAAUGAAAAAAAUAUAUAUUUUUGUAAUUUUUUUGAUUUUAUACUUGUAUUUAGCGACUAUCCCUUGUAUUUAUAUCGCCAAUAGAAUGUUUCAAACAAUAUUUAUAACAGUUGACGCAACCCAAAUGUUAAUGCUCUUUCGGGGCAUGAAAAUAAUGUUUUCUAAUUAAUUCAUUUCACAAUACAAUUACGCUUCUUUUUUUAAUAAUUUUUGAUUAUAUACUUACCAAAUUUGAGGUUUAUGGCUACCGGGAGCUAAUUUUUACAUAGAAUUUUCUUUUUAUUACGUUUUUAUAACAUAACCUAUAUAUUCUUAAACAAGGUGAAAAUUGGAAAUUUGUUGAUUUAAUUCUAUCAAAUUAUUUACAAGUGCUAUCAAAUUAAUUAGUAUUUAUUUUAAUUAAAAUAUAUUUGAAACAUAAAUCGACUUUUAUAUUGUUAGUUAUUAUAAAACUUAUGAUAAAUACGAACAUAACCCUAAAAUACUAUGAAAUAAAAUUAACAGAAAAUAAAUGACACUUAGACACAGUAGUUGUUCAAUUAUAUAUCUGUGGUUGAAUUGACAUUUCUACUCUAAUAUAUAAUUCGAUGGAUUUUUUUUGUUGCGAACGAAUCGUUUUGAACAAGAGAACACUUUUAUUUUUUACACUAGGUUUGUUCGAAUGAUUCCACAAUUUAAUAUGGCGUUAAAAUUUGUUUUGCUCUAACUGUAUUAUAUUUAUUUAAUUUAAUAAUUAUUAUAGCGAAUCUCAAAUUAUUGCAACUAAAAUACGAUGUAGUUUAAACACUGUUAUAAAACAUUCCAAUAAAGUGUAGUUGAUUUAAUUGCUCAAUAUAAAUCAUGACAAUAUACGAGGUUAGAUCGAAAAGAUAUUUCAAAUUUAAUACUCAAUUUGCGGAAAUGUUCAAACUACAUUCGAUAUUUUGGAAAAAUUUGUGUAUGUGAUAUAUUUAUAUUGCUGGAAAUAUUUGUCUGAAAUUUAUUUUUAAUUAUUAUAUUAGUGAAUAUGAAAAACUUACAUAGUGCCUCAUUAUAUACAAUUCUGUUUAUUGACAAAACUAUGUAAAUUUAUAUAUGAAAAUAAAAACGAUUAUCAGAAA